AUGACUAUUGACAAAGCUAGUGUGCCUUCCCUAGAGCACAACAACAAGGUGAUCGGAGAGAGUUUGGUUCUGGUUAAAUAUGUUGAUUGUAACUUUGAAGGACCAUCAUUCAUGCCGGAUGACCAGGAAAAGCAAAAAUUUGCUGAAGAAUUGAUAGCUUAUAGUGACACUACAUUCGUCCCAGAAGUAUACAGAUCUUUCGCAAAAGAUGCACGAAAACUGGCUGGUGCACAAUUUGAGUACAUAGAAAAAGCUCUCCACAAAUUCGACGAUGGGACUUUCUUCCUUGGUCAAUUCAGUCAGGUUGACAUUAUAUAUGCUCCAUUUAUCGAAAGGUUCCAUGUAUUUAUGCAAGAGGGGUUUAACUAUGACAUCACAACCGGGAGGCCUAAGCUAGCAAAGUGGAUUGAGGUAUGA